AUGGGAAUGGCAAUGAGAGAGCAGGUCGUUAUCAUCGUAGGGGCCGGGCCUUCGGGUCUGGCAACUUCUGCAUGUUUGAAAAACCUCCGUAUCCCAAAUGUAGUCAUCGAGAGGGAUGACUGCUCUGCUUCUCUAUGGAAGAAACGUUGCUAUGAUCGCCUUAAUCUCCACCUCGGCAAAGAAUUUUGCGAGCUCCCUCAUUUUCCUUUCCCGCCCGACGCACCCACUUUCAUAUCAAAAAUAGAUUUUAUUAAAUAUAUAGAUGAUUAUUCUGCCCGCUUCGAGGUAAAGCCAUUGUUUUCGAGGGAGGUGACUGAUGCAACCUACGAUAGGGAGGUACAAAGGUGGAUCGUGCAUGUGAACAACACAUGCACCAACAAUGUUGAGUGUUAUAGUGGGAGAUUCUUAGUAGUUGCUACUGGGGAGAAUAGUGAGGGCAUUGUACCUGAAAUUCCUGGACUACCUGAGUUUGAGGGGGAGGUAUUGCACUCAUCACUAUUCAAGUCAGGGAAGGAUUACAGUGGUAAAAAUGUGCUUGUGGUUAGGUGCGGUAACUCAGGCAUGGAGAUUGCUUUGGAUCUCUCUAAUCACGGUGCCGAGACUUCGAUCGUCGUGAGAAACUCGAUCCAUGUGAUGAACAAGGAAUUGAUUCACAUGGGGAUGCGUUUGUUGAGGUACUUUCCAAUGGCGUUGGUGGAUAGGCUCAUGGUUUUUUGCAGCAUAUGGUUGUAUGGAGAUACAAGCAAGUUUGGCAUAAGAAGACCAGAGGAAGGCCCAUUUCUUCUAAAGUGCAAGACCGGCAGGAGCCCCAUCCUUGAUCUAGGAACAAUUAAGAAAAUUAAAACUGGGGAUAUAAAGGUCAUGAACGCCAUUGCAUACAUAAGAGGGAACGAAGUGCGGUUCUCUAAUAAUGAGAAGCCGGUUUUCGAUGCGAUAAUACUGGCAACCGGCUACAAGAGUACGAUAAAGGCAUGGCUCAAGGAUGAGGAUGGAUUUUUCAUUCAAGAUGGCAUGCCUAGAGCCAAAUAUCCAAACCAUUGGAGUGGGCCCAAUGGUCUCUACUGUGCUGGACUCUCAAAACGGGGUCUGUUUGGAGUGUCUGAAGAUGCUAUGAACAUAGCAACUGACAUAUAUUCCCUCUUCAAAGAUGGACUCAAGGAUAAAAUAGUGCUUUGA